AUGCUGCGUGCUCUCGGACUGCUGUCAUUGGCCUGCAGCCUGGCAUCGGCAGUUAUCCUGCAAGAUGUGUCCGAACUGAAAGAUUCGUACGACUUCAUCGUCGUCGGAGCUGGGCCUGGUGGCGCUACGACUGCGAACAGACUCACGGAGAGCCCAGGCGUGAAGGUGCUCCUGCUCGAAGCUGGUGGAGCCAACGAGGGUGUCCUGAACAUCGACGUGCCGCAGUUAUGCGUGACGCUCACGCCGAGCACGCCUUGGGAUUGGAACUACACCACGACGCCUCAGGUGCACCUCGAAAACCGCACCCUCCCAUUCCCGCGAGGUAUUGGUUUAGGUGGCACUAGCGCCGUUAAUUGCUUGGUAUACACGCGCGGAACGAAAUCCGACAUCGAUACGUGGGCUGCCCUCAGCGGCGAGGAAGGUUGGUCCUGGGAUGGCGUCCUUCCUUAUUUCAAGAAGAGCGAAAAGUUCAACCUGCCGGUCGAUGGCCAUAACGUCUCGGGCCAGUUCUUGCCGGAGGUGCACGGUUUCGACGGCGUCAUCGGCGUGAGCGUGCCCGGCGCGGCGCGUGCGACGGACGGGCGCGUAAUUGCGGUUACCCAAGAGCUGGAGGAAUUCCCGUUCCAGGUAGACCUGAACUCUGGCGAGCAUUUGGGCAUUGCCUGGACACAGGCGUUGAUCGAUCGGGGCGUCCGCUCCAGCUCGAAGGCCUACCUGGCUGAGAACUAUCUGGCACGCAAGAACCUCGAUGUUCUCCUUCACGCGCAUGUCCCCCGAGUGCGCCAGACGAAGGAUGCGGAGGCACUCACCUUCAGGACGGUCGAGGUGGUGGUUAAUGGCACAUCUGCGCUGAACCUGACUGCAAGACGAGAGGUCAUCCUAUCCGCUGGCGCUGUGGGCACUCCCGUUAUCCUGAUGCACUCCGGUAUCGGCGACGGUGCCGUCCUUGAACCCCUCGGGAUUCCUGUCUUGUUGGACAACCCAUCAGUUGGCGCAAACUUGACCGACCAUAUUGGUUGCGGCAUCACAUACGAAACGAACCACACCAAGACCCUUGAUAAUCUCUGGAGGAAUGAGACGUACUACAACGAGCUCCUCGCGGAGUGGGAAGUGAAUAAGACCGGAAUUUUGGUUGACACGUCCGAGAAUCAAGUGGCAUUCUUGCGCCUUUCGGAAGAUGACCCGAUCUGGGAGAACCAUACCGACCCCGCAAGCGGACCCACCACAGCCCACUUCGAAUUCCUCUUCCAGAACGGUGUCUACCCGACGCAGGAGACAGGGCACUACUUCAACCUCCCCGUCGGCUGCGUCUCGCCGUCCUCACGCGGAUCCGUGACGAUCAACUCGUCCGACCCGUUCGCUCCGCCGCUCAUCAACCCCAACCUCCUUGCGGACGAGCUCGACCUCUACAUCGUCCGCCAGGGGCUUAAGGCCGGCAUGCGCUACCUCGCCGCGCCCGCCUGGGACGGCUACUUUGUCCGGCCGUUGCAGAACCUGACGACGGACGAGCAGUUCGACGCGUACAUACGCGAGCACGCGGUCAGCUUCUUCCACCCAGUCGCGACGGCGGCGAUGAGCCCCAAGGACGCGACGUGGGGCGUAGUCGCUCCGGAUUUACUCGUCAAAGGGGCGAAAGGACUGCGGAUCAUCGACGCUAGCGUUAUCCCGAGACUUCCCGCGGCGCACACGUCUGCUGCUACUUAUGGCGUGGCUGAGAAGGCUGCCGACAUCGUCAAAGCUACGUACCCUGACUUAUUUGCAUAA